AUGUGGCUAUUUUUAGUAAUUAUACUCCUUAUUGCUUUGAAUCUGUUAAUGAAAAAUGAAAGUUUUGAUAAAAUUCCUGGACCACGUGGGAUUUUCUUAUUGCAAAAUACCUUAGAUUUUCUUACGGAUUCAGCUGUAACAUUCCGAUAUUUUUCGACGUUAUGUAAUAAAUAUAAAAAAAUAUUUCGAGUGAAAUUGGGAUUUAGGAAAAUUGUUAUUGUUUACAAUCCUGAAGACGUUGAGAUUCUCAUAUCUGGGACCAAGUAUAAUAAAAAAAGGAUUUUUGUACGGUUUCAUUCAGCCAUGGCUUCAAGAUGGCUUGCUUUUGAGCGAUGGAGAAAAGUGGCAUGA